AUGAAUCUAUAGCACUAUCAGACAGUCAAAGUAUCACAAAUUCAAUAAUCUAAUCCAAACAACCCUAAAAUGAGGGAGGCUAAUAAUGAUUAGAGUCAAACUUAGAUUUAACAAAGAGUCUUAAAAGCUGAUUAUUAAGUCUAAGAUAAUAAUAUCAUAGGCAAGCAAGUGAAACAUAUAUCAAGAUCUCCUAUAGCAUAUCCUUAGGAAAAUAGACUUUAAGAGCAGAAUUUUAAGCAACUAGCUCAAUCAUAAAACUUUGAUGUUUCUGCAUCAAUGCCUCCUAAGAAAGCACAAUAGUCAGUAAAUAGGAAAAUCUAUCACUAAAGGUCUUUGAGUCCAUCUGUACUUAAUACCCAACUUAUUUAGAAUCUUUAUUCCAACAAUAUCAAUAGUAGUAACAAUGGUGCCAUUUAGAAUGGCUAGCUUAUUUACUAAUAAAAUAGGAUGCAGCCUACAAGUUAGUCUAGACACUACUAAAAUUAGCUCACAAGUAGUUAUAACUAUCAACCGUUUUAAUAGCUUAAUCAUUUUGAGGUAGUGGAUGAUGAUGGCGAAUUCUUUUAGAAUACUUAGAAGCAAAAUAAAGUUAAAAAUUCUAUUAAGCCUCACAACUAUGGUCAUAAAAGAAUAGUUUAAUCGGUAGAUUUCAACAUGCGUGGGGGUUAUGAUUAGGGUCUUGGACUCUUAGCACCAACUAAUCAUAUUCCAAAUCAAUAUGUUUAAGAGAACAAAAAUAAAGUAUAAAAACGAGAUUUAUCUCCAAUCUGGGGACCUGAUGCUAAAUUUUAGCCUUAAAGAGACAAUUUUCUAGAUGAUAUCUACGCACGGAAUUAAUAAUUCGGAUUUGUAGGAGCAGGUGGUAAUGGGCUUUAUUCAUAACAAUAGUAACAAUAUGACGACACUUAUGACCCAGAUAUCAUGGUAACUGAAUCAGAUGUCUCUCACUAAAGUUCUUUUUAUGAGAUACCAUAGGAUAGGAAAUUGAAAUUACAUAACAAUACUAAUAAUGCUGGUACCUUAAAUGAUGAAAAGCAUCAAAUGAUACCAAUCAAAAAUAAGCUAUUUAAUCAGACCAUCCUUGAGUAACAGCAGUAACCAGUAGGCAUUCAUCCGUUCAACUCACUUUUAGCAUAGUUUUAAUAGUAGUCUUAACCUACAAGGAAGAUAUAGCAGAGUUAAACAGCAAAAAUAUCUCCAAGACAAAAUCUUUAGUAUAACUAGGCUUAAAAGAAUAUUAGCAAAAAGGGGAAUAAAUAGCAGACAAUAAAAAACGAAGCUUAAGUAGUAAAGAAAAGUACUAAAGCACCUUUCGAAAUGAGCGAAACUUAAAACAAGUAGAAUAAAAAUAAUCACAAAACUGUCAGAUCCCCUCUGAACUAUACUAAUAGUGGCGGAGUAGUAUCAGGUUAAUACAAUGAAAAUUAGAACUUUACAAAUAAUACCUUGAGUUCAAAUAGAAGUCAUAAAUCACUUGAAAAGGAUCACAAUCAGAUCUAGCCCUUUUAAAUGUCCAGUGAGUCAAAUAGUAUUCUGUUAAAAAGCCAUCAUUCAACAGAUUAGCUUGAUGCAGAUAUUAUAAAUAAAGAUAGUCUAACUACAAGAACCAAGGACAAACUAAAUGGGGUAGGUAGUGGUGCUAAUACUACCAAGAUUAGAAAAAAUAUGAAUGGUGAUAGUCAGCUGAAGUAUAAGCAGAUAGAAGAUAAAUAUAAGAAUGGUAAGAAUAUAUAUUCAUUACUAACUCAUAUCAUUAUAGAAAUCACAGUGCUUUAAUAGGCAUUGCUAAAGUAAGGUGCAGAGAAUAACAGACUAAAAACUGAAUUAGAGGCAUUUAAGCUGCUUAGUAAAUCCCUUCUCAAGUAAAAUAAACAGUUUAAGCUAAGUACAAUUGAUCUUAAAGGAGUGUAAAAAUCUAGGGAUUUGUAUUUAGCUCGAAUAAAGAAUUUGGAAUUGGAAAAUUUAAGUUUAAGGGCAAAGAACUAUAAUCUGAUUGAUAAAAUGCAGUAGACUCAGGUUUUCCUAAGUAGAUAUGCCCUAGAUGAAUUAGAAAGUUCUGAUGGUGAGCAAGACUAUCAGUUGAUAGAAUAGUUAGCUGUAGAAAAUUUGAAUUUAAGGGGUUUGCUAAAGGUUGAAUCUGAUAUGGAUGAAGCAUACUAUUAAAUUAUAUAGCAAGAAAAGCAGCAUUAAGAAGCUAACUUCUCUUAAGAUUUGCAAAUGAGCUUACUUUAAACCUAACAAAGUGAGUCAUCAGUACUUGAUAUGAUUAGUAAAGCUAGCAAACAAAUAAAAGACAAUGCUAAGAAAAGGAAGGAAGAAGUUGAAGCAAAUGCUGUCAACCAACCAGGACUCACUCUAGAUGGCAAACCAGAAAAGUUUCCAUUCAAAAAUAUCAAGCCAAAGAAGGCAUUUUUACUUGGUGGGCCUUCAAGUGAUAGCGAGGAAACCAUUACGAAUGAAACUGAAGAGGAGAGUGUAAAUAUGCAGAGUCCAGAGUAGAUUUCAUAAUAAGAAUAGAAUUGA